AUGGCUGGGAAUGAGUCUGAAGGACUUUUCACAUCACAGACGAAUUCCAAGAAGCGAAAAGGCGCGACAGACCAUAACGACAAUGCUGACGUCAUUUUUUGUUCCAGUACUUCUGAAGCAAGGAAGACGAAACAAGGGAAGAAAGUGAAGAUUAACACGCAUGGCACGAAUGUAGCGAAAGAAAAGCCCGUUGCGAAACGAGAUGGAAAUCAAAAGGAGGAAGACUGCGGAGUCAUGCAGUCAGCAAAUCAGAAGUCCGGGAAGGAAAUAGAGGAUGAACGGAGAAAAACCGCAUCUGGUAUCAUAGUGGAAUAA